GGUAUGUACAGAUCAGUAGCGGGCGGACAACUGUUCAUGUGCCUCGUGCAAUUCGAAUAGCAUGAGUCAUGAACUAUCAUACAAAAAUAAUUACGUUACUUUUCAUAUUAUUCAACACGGUGAAUGGAUUAAACAUUCUUACAAUAUUCCCAUAUCAUGGAAAGAGUCAUUUCUUCGUGUUUAAAGUGUACAUUCAAGAACUAGUGAGACGAGGGCAUAAUGUAACCGUAAUAUCCCACUUUCCGGAGGCCAAGCCAAGCAAAAACUACCAUGACAUAAGUCUAGCUGGAAGCAUUGAAAGCAUAGAAGAUGGGCAACCCUUUCAAAGGUCAUUUUUAAUAAUAUUAGGUGUGGGUGUGUAUCUAGCAAGUUCAGGAAAAGAGAACUGCGAAGUGUUGUUAGCAAAGAAAGAUGUGAGAGAUUUAAUUGAACGGAAACAAAAGUUCGACGUGAUAGUAGUUGAACAGUUUAAUAGUGAUUGUGCUCUGGGUAUUGCGUACAAAUUACGGGCACCCGUAGUUGGUAUUACUUCGCAUAUUUUAAUGCCAUGGCACUACAGUAGAUUUGGCAUUCCAAACAAUCCAUCAUUUGUUUCGUUCCACUUUUCGGAAGGAGGAACGAAACCCACCUUUUUUCAAAGAAUCGAAAGAAUCGUUUUAGACUUUUACUUUAAAACAGUUUUCUAUGUUAUAAGUCAAAGAAACAAUCAAAACGAACUCGCUAAGUACUAUGAUGAUAUCCCACCUCUUGAGGAGUUGGCACGAGAUAUAAAAUUCCUGCUUUUAUAUCACAAUUUCAUUCUGACUGGAUCGAGUAUAUUUCCGGCGAAUGUAAUAGAAGUGGGCGGAUAUCAUGUAAAAGAAGCAAAACCACUAACAGGCGAUUUGCUAAGGUUCGUGGAGGAAUCAGAGCACGGAGUUAUAUACAUUAGUUUCGGAUCUGUCAUCAAGAGUUCUACAAUGCCCGCAGACAAAGUCAAAGAUGUUUUAGACGUGAUGUCCCAUCUGCCUCAGAGAUUUAUUUGGAAAUGGGAAACGAAAACAAUUUUGAUGGAUAAAAAUAAACUUUACGUUUCUGAUUGGUUACCGCAAAUAGAUAUUUUAGGUCAUCCCAAAACUGUAGCAUUCUGGUCACAUUCCGGUAUGGGUAGUACUACAGAAGCCAUACAUUUCGGGGUACCCAUGGUAGCUAUGCCCGUAGUUGGUGAUCAGCCAGCCAAUGCUGCAGCUGUCGAAGAAAGUGGGCUUGGUGUGCAAUUGCAAAUCAGAGAUCUAAAUAAAGAUAAUUUACUCGCAGCCUUUAAAAAAGUUUUGGAUCCAAAAUUCAGAGAAAAUGCAAAGCAAGUAUCAAAGGCCUGGCAUGACCGUCCAAUGUCACCACUGAAUUCUGCAGUUUACUGGACGGAGUUCGCCGCGCGCUAUCCAAACUUUACUUUUACUGCUGCAGCAGCAAAAGUUCCUUGUUACCAGUAUUAUAAUCUAGAUGUUGUAGCUACGUUUAUUCUAUUGUUCCUAGUUUUAAUAUACUGUAGUAAAAGAAUAUUAUCAUUAUGCUGCCGAAAAGCGCAAACUCAAGAGCAAAGUAACCGGAGUAAAAACAAGAAAAGGACGAAAAGAGACUAAAAAGCAUCUUAAAAUAUCCUUAAAAGGCAUUGGCACAAAGUGUCUCUUUUGUAAAGUUCUCUCAUCAACUCAUGAUAGUACUCAUGUAUCAACCCAUACCUAUCAAAGGAAUAAAACUUUUGCUAUAGAGGAUUCAUGUAAAUAUUUUCAAUAAAAUAUUUGUAAGUAUAUAUCUA